AACAUUAACAACAAAGACCCUUGGAUAAAACAACACUGCGUCUCGACUGUGUCGAUAUCUUCCUUGACCAGAAUACAGCGUUAUAAUACUGAUUUCCGGACCGAGCACCAUCGCUCACACUUGAUGUUUACGCCUCUCACUACGACAUGGCAAAGAUGAGCAGAAGCCAGCUAGGGGCAUUGCAGGCCAAGCGGAGGAAGCAGCGUGGGGAGUCCGAGUCCAUCGAAAAGCUCAAGACAAAAUGUGCGCAGGAGCAUGGCAAGGCUCACGUGGCGCACUGCAAGGAGUGUUAUGGAGAGGUUGUGGAGACGAUGAGGAGCAGAUACGUCGACUCCAAGGAUGAGUGGUUCUCCGACGACAAGGCUUUUUUGAGCGAUCUCGACAGCUUGUUUGCAAAGGUCAAGAACUUCAGUGAAGACCUCAAAGCCAUUGAGACCCGGAUCGACAAGGAGAAACAGAAACAUUACCGCGAGUCCCUCCCCAAAUCAGCAGCGGGGCGCGUCGCCGAGGCCUCGAUAGGCAAGGCCGACUUUCUGGCCGCUCUGGAGGAUGAAGAGAAGCCCACGAUUGCACUCAUCGAAGAUGUCAGGAGAGCCCUUUAUAAGGGCGUUGACGACGCACCAGGCCUCGAGGAGCUGGCGUCCAAGUUUGAUGACGUGGUUUUCGAGAAAGAGGCAGGUGUUGUCGUUGACGUCUUCUUCCAAGACCCCCGUACAGGCGAGAUUCCAGCGUCAUGCAAAAAGUACGUGGAAAAGCUGCGAUCCGGUGUACCCAUCGAGGACGUCAUGUUGGCCAUGGCGGCCGACAGACCAGCUAGGUCGCAGGCUUCGGCGAACAUGGACAAGCACAGACGGACGCUUAACGAGCUUAAGAGGGCGCAGGCGGCACAUGAGCAGGAUAAGCUCCUGAAAGCUCAGAAGCGACAGCAACCUCCUCCGCAGGCGCCUCAAGUCAACAAGGAACUGUACGAUCUCCCGCCAUGCCUUGCAUGCUCGGGCAAGGUGUCGCCGGACGAGGUCAUUGCGUGCCCGUUAUGCUUGAUCUUUGCCGAGUUGAGCCUGACUAAGAGGACGGUCUUCGACUCAGAGAAGUGCUACGACGAGGCAUACGAUGAACAUGUUCAAACCGCACACAGUUGCGCCGCCGGCGAGGGAUGCGUUCAACUUAAGGACGAGGAUGAGGAAAUGGGCGGCAACGGCGAGGGGCCAGUCAUCUGCGAGGAGUGUGCGGAACAGCUAGGCCAGAGCAUAGUAUACUGCUCAUCGCGCUGCGCCAGUGCAGAUUUCCAGGAGCACCGGGAAGGCGUUCACAUUCCGAACUGGCAGGGACUCGGCAUCGACCUCGGCACCCAGGGAGAGCAUCUUGUCUACGACAACGACGAGAAGACCAAGUACCACGUGAACGACAUAUCCAAAUUCGUAUGGCGGCUCAGCGAUGCCUUUGAGCGCGUCUUUAAGGGCAACAACCCCGACAUUAAAGAUGUCCAGCACUGAAGGUGCACGAUGGCUGCUGCUGCCAACGUUUCCUCGAGCACCAGUCGUAUCGCCGUCCGUUUCAGGUGCUCGGCCGAGGAUAUCGUAAGCGGGACAUCAUAACUUCAUUCUCGAAAUAGUGCAGUAACAGGUCGUCUUUGACUUGAGAUUUUGGAUCAAGAUGCGAGCGACACGCGUUGACACCGCCCGCCUCCUCGGCUGGCGUAAGACAGAACUUCGAUCGUGAAAGGGCCGCCAGUCAAGUGACGGCUUGAAGACCGAAUAUCAUCCUAUUAGUUCUUCCAUAAGCACAAAAUGCACAAGUUUCACCCGAUUGCUGUCAACUGAGAUUCCACCCUGUCAGUCUGAUUGCAACAUUUCAAGAGGCCACUUUCUUCAAUUCUUUUACGCUCCGAUGCGGUUCGGGGCUUACGACCAGUAGGAU